GAAGACUCUUUCUCGUUGGAGUCAGAGUCGGCGAAGGCAGCGACGUUAUCUGUGCCCGUGCGGGUUCCUCCGUCGACAUUAACACUGAUUCGUCAAUUAAUUUCUUAAUUAUUUUUUGUCGGCCAUCAAUUUGCUUGUCCACCGCAUCCCAUUUCUUUCAGAUUUCAGACUUUAUCUGCAAUUCCUGUUUAUCCACUUGUUAUCCCUUUUCCCUGAAUGUGUAAAACCAAAAUGGCCGUUGACGCUUCCACCCCUCGAAAACCCCGCACCCCUAAAUCAGGAAUCCCAUCAUCUUCCCGUCCCACCUUACCCGCCCCCGCCGCCUCUUCUUCCUCCGACCCCUCCACUUCUUACCCCAGCUCUGCCCCUUACUCUGCCUCCUCCGGUUUCAAACUCACCUCUGACACCUCCAUUUCCAGCGGAAACUCUCUCGCUAGUUUUCGAGGCAGCCUCCCUGAAAACCCCCACAUCUAUGACUUCUCUGAAAUUCGCUCUGCCACCAACAAUUUCCUUGCCAAGCGUUAUUCCUCCUCCUCCUCCACUCCCUCUUGGCGAUGUGCUCUCAGAGGCAGAGACGUCAUUGUUUUCCAGCGCAAGUUCCGUCGCAAGCUCCAGACGAAUCAACUCAGAGAUCGCCUCUCUGUGAUCUGCCGUAGCCACCACGUCAGCAUCAUCAAGCUCGUCGGUGCUUGCAUCUCUGGCGAACACAUCUACCUCGUGUACGACUUCGUGAAUGGAGCUAAUCUCUCCGAUUGUCUGCGAAAUACGAAGAACGUUAACUUCACGGUCCUGUCGAGUUGGAUUUCCAGAAUGCAGGUAGCUACGGAUCUUGCCGAAGGACUUGAUUACAUUCACAAUAAAACCGGCUUAACCCUAAGCUUGGUGCACAACCACAUCAAGAGCAGUGCGAUAAUCGUGACAGAACCUUCGUUCAACGCCAGGAUUUCACACUUCGGCGCCUCCCAGCUGUGCGGUGAGAUCGACGAAGAGAGCGAAAAUGCGAAAGAGAUGGAAGAGAUUCCAGAGGAGCCAUCUACCUCCCCAUCUUCCACGAAAUCAAAGGACGUGAGACGAUCGAGAAGCUCUAACAAGAAAUUCGAGGGCGUAAAAGGGUACAUGGCGCCGGAAUACAAAUCCACUGGCGUGGCGACCCAGAAGUCCGAUGUAUACGCUUUUGGGGUAGUGAUCUUGGAGUUGCUAUCCGGAGACGAACCGUUGAAGUUCAAAUACGAUAAGAAAACCGGGGAGUUCGUGAGCAACUCGGUGAUCGAUAAGGCGAGGGCCGUUCUGGCCGGUGAUCCCGCCGGGGGCGGCGGCGUGGAAGGGAGGCUGAGGAGAUGGAUAGACCGGAGGCUGAGGGACUCGUUCCCGGUCGAGGUGGCAGAGGAGGUGACGCGUGUAGCGCUUGAGUGCGUACACGUGGAUCCAGAUAAGAGACCCAAUAUGGGACGCGUCGCUGGAAAAAUCUCGAGGCUAUAUCUGAAGUCUAAGAUCUGGUCCGAUAACGUGAAGACGCCCACUGAUAUUCUGUCAGCCUCAUUCGCUCCUCGAUGAGUUUGGUAAUUUCUUCUUCAAUCUUUGUUCCCCAAGAGAGAGGGGGAAAAUAAUUAUGUUCGUCAGAUUUGUUCAUGCUUUUAAAUUUCAACAGAGUUUGGCCAAAAAAAAAAAAAUUUCAACAGAGAAAAUUCUUUGAUUCGACUGUUGAUUAUCAUUAUUUAGUGUGAUGAA